AACUGUGAGAGGUGUGUUUUUUUCCCUGCGAGUUUUAAGUGUAAAAAUAGAGUAAUUAACCACUGGCAAAAAAGCGUCUUUUAAAGCGUCUUUAUUUGGCAGACCAAGUGUUGUUUACAAGAGUAAAGCUUAAGAGUUGUUCCUUCUGAGUCUGCUGCACAGCGGAGCCCGAAGUUACGCUAAUUCGGUUAGCUGCUGUUCGGUAGAGGAGGGAAUUUCGUGUUUCAGCCCUGGAAGCCGUUCAGGUGAUCUAUUUAUUUUUUUAUUUCAGCUCGUAAGAGUGAAGAGGAUUUUUGCUGUUUUAAAGGCCACCACACGCUCCCCAGCAACGUUACAGGCCUGCAACAGGUCCUGGUCCGUAUUGAACAGCUUCUGGGUCCGGACCCGGACCGCGGUCCGCCUGUUAGUGACCUAUGGUUUAAAGGGUCUGUUCAGAACAAUAUACACAAGAGAUCUGAAAAUAAGCUGUAAGGGGAAAGAGGAAGUGGAAUUCACACUUACAGACACAUGAACACAGAAGGACUGUUAAGAAACUAUCACUGUCAGCUUUUGAAAUCUCAUUAAUACCAUGGAGUCCAAUAACCAUACUGGUUGCAAUCCAACAGAAAAUGUGGUGUCCCCUGUUCUCCCUUAUUUACUUAUCAUUGAGCUCCUACUUGGCCUGCCAGGAAACUUGAUGGCUCUGUAUAUCUUCUGUCGCCACCUUCGAUCUUGGAGACCCAAUAUCCUGUUUCUAUUUAACUUGCUCCUGGCUGAUUUUUUCCUCUUGUUGAGCAUGCCAUUUCGGAUUCAUGCCUAUCUACACUCUGAAAUCUGGGAGUUUGGUAAUGUCUGGUGCCAGAUCAACCUCUUCAUGCUAGCAGUCAAUCGGUCAGCAAGCAUUGGUUUCAUGACCGCUGUGGCUGUCCAUCGAUAUUUUAAAGUAGUCCAUCCACAUAAUAAAAUCAACUUCAUUAGCUCACGCCAAGCUGGAUGGAUCGCUGGUUUCAUCUGGGUUGUUGUAAUCUUAAUGAGGCUUCCUCUGUUGAUUGAGGACCAUAUGAUAACUGAGGAAAAAUAUUCUUUCUGCCGGAGUUUUAACAGCAAAAAUAUCACAUUUGGUGUAAAGUUACACUAUGCAAUAUAUAUUUUUGAGUUUUUCCUCCCUCUAUUGGUACUAAUAUUUUGCUCCAUUCGAAUUUCCUGCAUAUUAAGACAGCGGCAGCUGAACAAAGAGAAGAAGGUGCGACAGGCUAUCAACACUGUCCUAGUGAUUGUUGGGGUUUUUAUCCUUUGCUUCUUACCUGGAGUUGCCACAGGACUGACUGCACUCUUUUUGAAAGAAAAGUUGCAAAUACACUGUGAAGCUUACAAAGUAGCCAGUCAGCUGUUUGUCUUGUCCAUCGGGUUCACGUACCUGAACAGUGCCCUGGAUCCUAUCAUCUACUGCUUCUCAAGCUCCAUGUUCCGAAACGCACUAAAACCUUCGAUCAAUCGAGUUGGAAUUGUGCAAUUACAGCUAAACCGUCGAUCUAGGUCAGGGCUCAGCAACCCGCGGCUCCGGAGCCGCAAGUGACUCUUUCAUCCUUCUGCUGCGGCUCCCCGUAGAUUUGGAAAAUAAAUAUUUAAUUUAAAUGUAUUUUAUUUUAGUUAGUUUAAAAAAAAAUGAAA